AUUUCGAACUUUGCUUUGCUGUGAUAAAGUUCUCUCCUUUCCUUUCUAAACGAAGAAGAAAGGCUUUUCUCUCAAAAACCCUCAUCCACAAAUUCCGCAAAUUCCUCUCUCGAAGGGUUUUUCUGUUUCUGUUUUGCUUCGUUACUACGGUUACAUUGUCCUCUUCGCCUUUCGAUUUCAAAGGUACGAUCUUUCCCCUAAAUUGCGUUUGGAUCGUGUCUCAAAUUCUGCGUUUUGCGUCAUUUCUCUUCGAUCUCUGACAUAAAGUUUCCAACUUUAGUAAAUCGCGGAAUUGGGUUCGUGUUCUUGCUCCGAUUUCGGUGAAACCCUUCAAUUUCAUAACCCUUUUGAUAUCUUAAGAAGAGGAGAUUUGAAGUUUUUUUCACAGAUCCGUCUUAGCUCUUGUAGAGAUGGCGGAUUUGAUACCAUUUUAUCUGAAUAUUGUGGCGUUUCUAUGUACUGGUGGAGCUAUUGCUUUGGCGAUAUUUCAUAUCUACAGGCAUCUUUUGAAUUACACGGAACCAACUUAUCAGAGAUAUAUUGUACGCAUCGUCUUCAUGGUCCCGGUUUAUGCCUUAAUGUCAUUCUUGUCUCUUGUGUUACCCAAAAGCUCGAUAUAUUUUGAUUCCAUUCGAGAAGUAUAUGAAGCAUGGGUUAUUUACAAUUUCCUAUCGCUGUGUUUAGCAUGGGUUGGAGGCCCAGGAUCAGUAGUGCUUAGUUUGAGUGGUCGCUCUCUAAAGCCAUCAUGGUCUCUCAUGACAUGUUGCUUUCCGCCUUUAACAUUGGACGGGCGUUUUAUUAGACGAUGCAAGCAAGGUUGUCUGCAGUUUGUUAUCCUGAAGCCUAUUCUAGUUGCUGUCACACUUGUGCUAUAUGCGAAAGGGAAGUACAAGGAUGGGAAUUUUAACCCUGAUCAGGCAUAUCUCUAUCUUACCAUCAUCUAUACCAUAUCAUACACAGUGGCUUUGUACGCACUUGUGCUGUUUUAUAUGGCAUGCAGAGAUCUACUUCAGCCAUUCAAUCCAGUCCCAAAGUUUGUGAUUAUAAAGUCUGUGGUCUUUCUCACCUAUUGGCAGGGUGUUCUCGUUUUCCUUGCUGCAAAAUCUGGAUUCAUAAAGAGUGCAGAGGCGGCAGCUCAUUUUCAAAAUUUUAUAAUAUGUGUCGAGAUGCUUAUUGCUGCAGCAUGCCAUUUCUAUGCUUUUCCAUACAAGGAGUAUGCUGGUGCCAAUGUUGGUGGAUCUGGCAGUUUCUCAGGGAGCCUAUCACAUGCUGUAAAACUAAAUGACUUCUACCAUGACACUGUUCACCAGUUUGCUCCUACCUAUCACGAUUAUGUGCUCUAUAACCAUCAAGAUGGUGGUGACGAGGGAACAAAGAAGUACCGGUCGAGAACUUUUGUGCCAACAGGCCAAGAAAUGGAUGCAAUGAGAAAGAACAAACCCGUGUAUGCAAACAAGAUAGAUGGUGUUUCGGUUUCAAGUAGUCUAUCUUCAGAGGCAAGCUCACCAAAAAGCUCUAGCGUAACUUCUGAUCCUGCACGCUCUGAUGCUGUGAAAUCUUCCUUGCUUGUGGAUGCCUCGGAUUCUCUUGAUACAAUGUAUGAUAUGUCGCUCAUUGACAUCGAUCUAUCUAGUUUCCCCAGCAAUGUCCCAUCUGCAAGUGAAAGUGGGCCUAGAUAGGAGCAGACAAGAUGUAGAAAUCACCAUUAACAGCAUGUUUGUUGUCCUUGCCUGCUUUGUAGAUAAAUAGGAUAUGGAACUUCCCAGUUGGUUACUUCUCAAGCUUGUGAAUCGCUCGUAGCAAAUUAGGAACAUUCUUUUUUUUUAUACAUGUAACCAAAUGAGUUUCAGAGUCUGAUAAUGUUUACAUAUAUUUAGUGUGUUGUUGGCAUCAGUUUCUUAAGUUUGAGAUCUUAGUAAGAAAACAAAGGCCUUGAAUUCAGAUGGUGACUGAACUUGUAAGUAGUAUUGUGAUGACAUUUGCAAACAUAGAUCUUGUUCUUAACAUAAGGUUAGGUUUUGACCAUAGCAAGCAAAGUAUAAAUGCAUAGGAGUUAG